AUGUCUCUAUCGUGGAGCAACGAGCCCCCCGAGGCGCGUGUGCCCUAUGCCAUCCCACAGUAUGAGGGUGAGCGCAUCACGAUCCCCGGCAGCAAAGGCGUGUUCCGCAUUCUGGCCUCCGCAAAACAAACAGGUGGUUUGAUGGCUGUGUUCCAGAGCGGUGCUGUCCUAUCUGACGCACCGGGUUUCCACUACCACAACCAUGCUCAUGACGUUUUUCUUGUCACUAAGGGCUACCUGAAGCUGUGGAAUGGUGACAAGUGCCGGAUUAUGGCCCCCGGUGACUUUGCUUAUAUCCCUCCUAAAGUCAUCCACAACCCCGAGAUGAUCGGCCCACACACCGAAACCCAAGGCUUGAUCACGCCAGGCGACUGGGUGGAUUUCUUCCGCUAUGUCUCCGAGCCUUUUGAGGGAGUCCUAGUGCCCGAAACAGAUAACCGAGAUUUAAAGGCCCUACUGAUCCCCAAGGUCAUGGCCGCGAAGGAGAAAUUCGACGUCGUUUUCCAGCCCCACUACCAGGCACCGGAGGUAGGUGAGUGGACGAAAGAAGACGAAAAACUGCCCGACAGCAACGAAGGAUACUUCUUGCGUGCAAACACGGGUCCGCGGUGGAUGGCCGGCGGCGUGAUGUCCAGACCGUUCGUAACGACCAAGCAGAGUAACGGCCUCGUCGCGAUCUCUAGCAUCGAGUCUUCGAAGGACUAUAGCGAGACGCUAUUUUCAAGAUUUGUGACUUUCGAGAAGGUAGAUCACUGUUUCUGUGUCAUGGAGGGUGCUCUUAGAGUUACCUUGCAGGGCGAGGAGGGAACUUUGUUCCGUGAGGGCGAGACUGUUGUUGUUCCAGCGGGCCAGGCCUUUUCGCUUGGGUUUGAGAGUAAAUAUGUUCGGGUUCAUUCUUUCUCUGAUGGGGAUGGCAUUGAGUCGUUGAUUCAUGAGCUUGGCAAGCCCUUGGAGGAAGUGGUUCUGCCCGACUCGGCGCCAGCGUUGGAUUUGUCGCAGCUCGAAUCGGUGGCGGCGCGGUUCAAUGUGAAGCUGUAA